AAUGUUGUUGCAACUUUGACUCAAACAAACCAUUAUAAUUGUCAACGAACCAUUAACAGAAUAUAAUCAAUACCUUGGAUCUUAAACUUCACCCCAAAAUAGAAGUGCAACGCAUCAACUAGUGUUUCCUUUUCAAGAACCAAGCUCAUGAAGUUUCUUUACCUUAACAUUUUCUCCACAAUCCUUCUCUUGUAUAUGUUUCCUCGUUCAAUCAACACCCAACAAUUAUACCUUAACACUGUCACUGACUGCUCAAACAACCCUUCUGCACCAAAAGGAUACCUAUGCAAUGGCCCUCAAAAAUCAUGCACUUCCUUCUUACUUUUCAGGCCUAAACCUCCUUAUGACAGCCCUAUAACUAUUUCCAAUCUCCUUGGUUCUGAAUCAUCUAAAAUAGCCUCAAUCAACAACAUCUCAAGAGAUAACAAGAUUCCUUCCGAUAAAGCAAUCAUUGUCCCUAUCUUAUGUUCAUGUUCAGGAAACAUCUACCAACAUAACACUCCUUACACUGUCAACAAAGGCGAUACAUACUAUCAUUUGGUUAAUGAAACUUACCAAAGCCUCACUACAUGUCAGGCUUUGAAGGGUCAGAAUUACUAUGCUUCUGAAAACAUUGCAAUUGGUGCUGAGCUCACAGUUCCAGUUCUUUGUGCUUGUCCUACCAUAAAACAGGUGGAAAGAGGAAUCACUUCAUUGCUUGUUUACUCAGUGAACAGUGGUGAAACUGUUAAGUCUAUAGGAGAGGCUUAUGGUGUUGAUGAACAAAGUAUAAUAGAGGCAAAUGAGUUGCAAGUGCCAAGAAGUAAAAACAGAAGUGUGAUUCUCUUUGCCUUGACGCCUAUAUUGAUUCCUUUAAAGGGAAAGAAUUGUAAAGAGGAUCCAGAUAGUUUUUACUGUACUUGUUCUCAGGGAAGGCUUGCAGAUGGAAGCUGUGAUGAAUCGGAUGGUCAAAAGUUUCCUGCUAAAUUGGUUGCUGCAUUAGGUGUUGGCAUUGGUGCAGGCUUUCUAUUUUUGUUUCUCUUGGGUUACAAGUUAUAUCAAUAUAUACAGAAAAGGAGAAUGAGCAUUCUUAAAGAAAAGUUAUUCAGGCAAAACGGUGGCUACUUGUUACAAGAGAAAUUAUCAUCUUACGGAAAUGGAGAAAUGGCGAAGCUUUUUACCGCAGAGGAGCUGCAAAGAGCAACAGAUAACUACAACAUGAGUAGGUUUCUUGGUCAGGGUGGCUAUGGCACAGUUUAUAAAGGAAUGUUACCAGAUGGAACCAUAGUUGCAGUUAAAAAAUCCAAAGAAAUUGACAGGAACCAGAUUGAAACUUUUGUCAAUGAAGUUGUCAUCUUGUCUCAGAUCAACCACAGAAACAUUGUCAAACUCUUAGGUUGUUGUCUUGAGACACAAACUCCAUUACUUGUCUAUGAAUAUAUUCCGAACGGAACACUUUCCCAGCAUAUCCAUAGGAAAGACCAUCAGUCGUCAUCACUUUCAUGGGAAACUCGCCUUCAAAUUGCAUGUGAAGUCGCUGGAGCGGUAGCAUACAUGCAUUUUUCAGCUUCUAUUCCAAUCUUCCACAGAGACAUCAAACCAACCAACAUACUCCUAGACAGUAACUAUAGUGCCAAAGUGUCCGAUUUUGGAACAUCAAGAUCAAUUCCAUUAGAUAAGACUCACUUAACCACAGCCGUAGGAGGUACUUUCGGGUACAUGGACCCUGAAUAUUUUCAGUCUAGUCAAUUUACAGAUAAGAGUGACGUAUAUAGUUUUGGCAUCGUGCUUGUAGAGCUUAUAACCGGUAGAAAGCCUAUUACGUUCAAUGAUGAAGAUGAGGGUCAGAAUAUGACAGCACAUUUCAUUUCUUUGAUGAAGGAGAACCAACUUUCUCAAAUUUUAGAUACCACAGUGCUUAAGGAAGCAAGGAAAUAUGACAUUCUUGCUAUUUCUAAUCUUGCAUUGAGAUGUUUGAGACUUAAUGGUAAGAAAAGACCAACAAUGAAAGAGGUUUCAGCAGAAUUAGAAGCACUGAGAAAUGUACAAAGUUCCUUACAUGUGAAAAAUGAUCAUGAUGAGAAACCACUUAGCGAAAGGAUGAAUCACAUAAAAACAUGCCAACACAAGUAAGAGUGUGACAAAUAGUGACAACAAAGAAGCAUAAUAUAACUGUGUUAGAACCAACAAAAGGAGUGUCCAAGAGAACAAGUCAUCAAUCAAAGAAGUUAAAGCCAAUUGUCCAAGAAAACAUAGUAAACAAAUGUCACUGCUCCCACUGUCUCUAAGGGUGACAUAUUGUAGUAGGGAAUAUGGUUUUGAAGAUAUUUUUCCAUUUUCCCAAAGCAGAUGGACAUAAUAAAAAACCAGUCAAGGAACAUAACCACAAAAAUUAAUUAGGGUUUGCAUUGUUGAUUAGUAAUAAACAAAUUAUUUGGAUUACAACAUAAAAAAAAGAAAUUGGUGUCACAACGGCACCCAUUAUUUAGAGAA